AUGCCAUUGUCUCCUCCCAGCUCCCCAGUAUCCUUCGAUCUUGUAGUCGUCGGUGCUGGUGGUGGUCCAGACGAAACAAAUCUUUCCGCCUAUCUCGUGAAGCCUCACGAUGCGGAAUGGGAAGAUGGGAUCUUGGCAUUGGAGGCAGGCUCGGGGCAAGGGACACUCGCCCAAUUGUUGCGAAAAAAUCCGCAUCUCUUCUUGAAUCCUGUUAAUUCCGAGGGAAGCAUCACUAAGAUGUAUUCGGCUUCGGAUAUAUACUCGUUCGUUCGGUGCUUUCUGGUCACUCAUGCUCACCUCGACCACAUCAAUAGUCUUGUUGUCUCUGCAGGUUCCCUGCGUGGAUGCAGAAAGCGUGUAUAUGGGCUCAAGCAAACCUUACAGGACUUGGAACUUGCAUUCUCAGACCGUCUCUGGCCCAACCUUGCUUCAUGGAAGGAAAAGGACGACGAAAUUAAGCUUCUUUACUCUGCCCUAAUACCCGAUGGAAAAUACAAAGUCGUCUGUCCAAAAAUUGCAGUCCAGGGUAUGCCACUAAACCAUGGGCGCAAUACGCUGGGCGGCCAACAUACUUCUACCGCCUUUUUCAUCCGACACGAACCAUCGCUGCGCGAAUUUCUUUUUUUCGGCGACGUUGAACCCGAUUCCAUCACUAACGAGCCUCAAACUAUUAACGUUUGGCGAAUAGCCGCUCCCAAAAUCCCUGACACCCUCUCAUCCAUCUUCAUUGAGUGUUCCUGGCCAUCUGGACGCAAAGACGACCUACUUUUUGGACAUCUUACACCGGAGCAUCUAGGAAAUGAGCUUAGCGCCCUUGCCACAGAAGUGGUCAAAUAUAGGCACUCGAGCCAGCACAGCGAGGGCCGUAGAAGACCAGCACGCAAGAAGCAGAAGCGAAAUUCACUGACUUCUGCUGACCUCAAGGACGCUCUCGCAGGCGUUCGUAUAUUCAUCAUCCAUUGUAAAGAUGAGAUGAACGGCGAUUUAGAUCGGCCGAUACGGGACCUCAUUGUUGAACAAGUUCGACGCAUAGUGGAAGAACGAGGUUUAGGAGCACAGGUUUUACUGGCAAAGCAGGGGACCCGGAUUGGUACGUCAGGUUAUUUAUUCAGAACCAUCUAG